GUUGGAAACAUGGCAGACGCGAAGGUGGUAUUGGAAACACUGUUGAGAUCAAAUGCUUCAGCAAUUUAUUCACUCUUAGAAAAUGUCAAGCAUUCUCAAAUGCUGCAGGAUAAAUCUUCAGCAUUAGAGUGGAUUGCAGCAUCAAAUAAAUUACUUAAUUCACAUAAGGACAGGUGGAUGGGUGUCUGUUUACUUGAUAGUUUGGUUGAACAAUGUGGAACAGAAUUGUUCAGUGAGAAUUGUUUGCCAUGGCUUAAAACUCUGAUACAAAUAUUACAGCAAGAGAAACAGAAUGUCUGUGUUUGUAAUUAUGUAGCUGAUAUGUUGGAAAAAAUUAUUUCUUUUUCUGCUCAGAUCUCAGAAAUUUCAAGACAAGUCUCGUUAACAGUCAUUCCGUCAUUGUUCGCCCUAGUGCUGAAUGAGAAGACAAUAAAUCUGGAAGUUUCAUUGAGUGUUGUCAAAACAUGUAUACAACAUUACCCAGGUGCAUCGGGAUCAUUCGUGAAGCGCAUCGAGAGUCUCCUGCUGCAAGUAUUCAACAGUGAUAACUAUUUUUUGAUACAGAGUGCAUGUAGCUGUUUUGCAAUCCUACCAAAAUGUGGCAAUACUUCUGGUACUGGGUCAGAUAAACAAACAAUAGCAUGGGAAACUCAGUGGAUGAAACUUCUGAGUGCUUUGUCUACAGUAAUUCAUGAGCUUUACAGUGAAUAUGAAACUGACCCUUCAUACAGAAUGGAGUCAGAAACAUUUCAGCUGAAGACUAUUCCUGUGGUUGAACCUCAAAGAACUGAAACAUGUGUUUUGAGAAUAAAAUUUCUGUUCAAAUGUUUGGAUUUAAUGCUCAGAAAUGAACUAUCUAAAUCAGUCAACGUACCAUUAAAUUGUACAAUCAAGAUCAUUCGGGGUAUUCUUGCAGUCAAUGAAAAGUCAGUUAACAACGUGGCAGUGGAGUCAAUUUUGUUAAAAUGCAGUAUUCCAGCGAUUCAUCUAUCAGCUAUAGAGUUUUUGUCAACCCUCGUGCUAAAAUGUGGAAUGAGUGUAUUACCAUACCAUCAUAUUAUAAUUCGAAUGCUUUUAUCGGAACUAUCUUGGAGCGAGUGUGAUGAUAAAAUCCAUGGUCUGCAGCAUAAAUAUAGUCAACUACGUUCAGCCACGUAUGAUUGUGUACAAUAUCUCGUGCAUAUGACGUCAUCUGUUGGUGAAAACAAUGAGAAAAUAAGAAAGAUAAUUCAUCAUGUAAUGGAAGAUAUCAAACCACGAGUCACCAAAACGAAGUUACUUGCACCAACAGUCUCCACCUCAAAAACUACCCACGGAAAGGCGAAAAGAAAGCGAAUGCAAGACGAUGUUAGUCAAUUAAAUCAAAUUGAGCAAAAAACAGAUUACGAUGUGAAUAGAGAGCUUUGUCUUUCUGGUCUUCAAGCGUUGAAUACAUUGAUUUUGAAUGGGGGCAACGAUAUUCCUUCUGAUAUUAUCCAGGAAUUGCAGGAGUUUAUAGUUACUCUUCUACAGGAGUGUCAAACAGUCUCGCCGACUCAGUCAUACUAUCCUAUUCCUUAUGGUUCGCCUGACUGCAGGAAAAUGUUAUACAAUUUACUUCAGACAUUACUCUACAAUCACCAACCAAAAAGUCCGCCACCACUUCAACAUGCAAUACUUCUUUUCAGCCGUGGAACACAAGAUCGAGAUUUUGAGGUUUCAAAAUUUUGUACUGAAGCUCAAAUGAUGUGCCACGUACUGAUUCACCCACGAGUCGCCAUCAUCUCGAGUUCUUUUACAAACAAUGUUGCACAAAAUAACACCAACAUAAAUAAUUUACAAGAAAAUAUUGAAUUGAACGUGGGUACAGAUCAGCCUAUUAUGAAAACAAACGAACAACUUGAAAAGGAUUCCCGUGAUGAAAAUAGAGAGCAAAUUGUGGAGAAAACAGGGAAUGCAGUUCAUAUUACAUUCUCCUCCACUGAAGACCACAUUACUCAGGUUACUUCAAAAGGCAGUUCAGCAAUCGAUAAGGAUACAACACUGUCUGACGCAGAGAAAACUCGAAAUUGUUCAUUGGAAGAACUAAGAAAAUCGCAAAAUGACCACGACGAAAUCAUCCACACGGUUGUAAAUGAUAACGAAAAUGAGAAAGUUGUCGAGGGUAAAACAAUCGCAAAACAAUUUGACAACGUAAAACGAAGUUUACCAGAGAGUUUCGAAGAAAGUACAAACAUGAAUGAAUGUUUAUCUGAAGCUGUUGGCGAUUCCAUUUCUACUGUAAAGAGACGCAAGACCCAGGAAAUCAGUACAAACAGCAACAACGUCGAGGAAAAUGUUUCAAAUAGCAAUAAAGAAACAGCGAAGACAGACAGGGGAGAACUGUUAGAAUCUGGAGAGGACGAUACAUUAGCUCAGGAGAUGAUCAAUUCGUUCGUGAAUUCUGUCCCAGAUUGAUCAAAAACGUCUCAGUGCGGGUUUGAGAGCCAUGGAGUCACACAGCAACUAACAGUUGCUAGUUCCAACGUAAAAUGCUAGUGUUUGUUCAUGUACUUGCAAGUUGAAGAUGACACGUUUUGCCAAUAAAAAAUAGCGAAGAAACAACUUCUGUAAUCUCAUUUACUGUCCGCGUACUAUCCUUUGCGCAUGAGUCAAGGCUGGUUCCAACAUAGAAAAAUUAUUACUAGGACCGAAUCGGAAAGGACAGUUUCUUUUGUCGGUAUGUCAAUUCUCUAUCAGAAUAAUUUGGUUUAAACCCGAAAGAAACUUUCCAUCAAUUAUUAUACGGUUUUAUUAUACUUACUGUACUAAAAAUACAGGCAGAUAACUCUAAUAAAAUUCUGUAUAUUCUCUUCUCGUAUAAAAUU